CUUGGCGCGUCCCGGCAGCUGGGCUGUCUACCCUAGAGGACUCGGUCCGUAGGUCACUGUCGCCAGCGGUAUCGCCAGCCAGAUUCAGCCGCAGGCCUUGAAACGCCCCUGGGUGUCUCGCGAAGUGCAGCUCGAGGUCCAUGGAGAAGGGCCCGGUACCGCAAGAGAAGCCGCGGGGCACCAGGUGCACCAAUGGGUUCCGGGAACGGGAGCCGUCGCGGCCUGGGUCCAGCCGGCCGCCGGCCGAGAGCUCCCCGCGGAUCCCCGCCACCAAGAGUCCCCAGCCCGCCGACGACUGGAAGAGGGAGCGGCCCCGCAGCGAGGAGGAUAACGAGCUGAACCUCCCCGGCCUGGCGGCCGCCUACUCGUCUAUCCUGCGCUCGUUGGGCGAGGACCCCCAGCGGCAGGGGCUGCUCAAGACGCCCUGGAGGGCGGCCACCGCCAUGCAGUUCUUCACCAAGGGCUACCAAGAGACCAUCUCCGAUGUCCUGAACGAUGCAAUAUUUGAUGAGGACCACGACGAGAUGGUGAUUGUGAAGGACAUAGAUAUGUUUUCCAUGUGUGAGCAUCAUCUGGUUCCGUUCGUUGGAAGGGUUCAUAUUGGUUAUCUUCCCAACAAGCAAGUCCUUGGCCUCAGCAAACUUGCAAGGAUUGUAGAAAUCUACAGUAGAAGACUACAAGUGCAAGAGCGCCUUACAAAACAAAUCGCUGUUGCCAUCACAGAAGCCUUGCAGCCUGCUGGAGUUGGGGUGGUGGUUGAAGCAACGCACAUGUGUAUGGUAAUGCGGGGGGUGCAGAAGAUGAACAGCAAAACUGUGACCAGCACGAUGCUGGGUGUGUUCCGGGAAGACCCAAAGACUCGGGAGGAGUUUCUAACCCUGAUCAGGACCUGAACGUCUCUAUGCAGUGGGGUGUGCUAUCUGCCCUCUCUGUCUUCAUUGUCUACAUUCCAUUUUCAACUGCUGUCAAUGUGAACUUCACUUGUCACUGAUUGUACUUAAAAAUUAUUUAUAGGAAAUUAAAUAAAAAUAAUUACCAAAGGGGUGAGCCCUCUACAUUCUUCUUGCCACCUUUUAGUGGCAAUGUUAAACUGCCAAUAAUAAGUUCUGUGCACAAACCACUGUCAUUCAGAUAACCCUAAAGGUGCAGGCAAAGAGGUGACUCCAUGGUUGACAUUGUUUAAUACUCUGAGUGAUCAGCAUGGGAGCAUUGGGCGUGGGUGUGAACUGUGGGCCACCAUACUGGUUUUUCCUCUUCCCACAGAAAUAGUACCACAUCUGAAGAGCUUAAGUAAUGUAUGUGUAGGUGGUGUAUUGCUCCAUGAAUACAAAGUCCCAUAGGCUCCGCUUUCACUGUGUUGAUGAAACCUCCAGUGGCAUUUUAUUUUUUAAUAUUUUUAUUAAUCAUUCCCUUGUAAUGUUAGUCUCUGAGGGAAGGUGAUAGAAUAUCGUCGGUAUGUGGUUUUUUUUUUUUUAAACCUUAUUGUAAGUUAAAAAGGCACAUUUCUACCUGCUAUCCUUUUAAAAUUUGAUUAGAGAGAAAGUGUCCCUGAAGUUGUUUACGAGUUUAUUCUCAUGUUAUUCUACGGGGAUUGAGACCUUUAAUUCUCUGUGUCUUGAUGAGAAUAUCACACCAUUCACUGUGUACUUUUUUCCUUGUUUUUUAAAAGAAAGCCAUUAAUUUAAGGCUUGGUACUGAAUUGCAAGUAACUAGUUCUUACUGUUUCCACUUUAGAAGUCCCUUGGGAAUUUACUUUGUGUGAUCCACAUAGAGGCCUUAAAGCAGGUUUCAUUUUAAUCCUAUGAAAUUUAAAAAAAAAAAAAUAUUUUCAGAGGCUCUUGAGAGUAUCCACCCCUCCAGGGUCUGUAGAACUCUAGCUUACAUGGAUCUGAAAUGCUCAGAGUGAACUGAUAGUCGCUGGCAUUGGAGCUGUGCACAUUGCUUUGUGCCAGAGGCUCUGGGGAGCUCUGGUCUUGUUUCCCUUCUGCUUCCUGUGGAUGGUAGUGUUCAGUGUAAGUUUGUUCAGGUGGUAUAGAUAUUGCAGUCCAGUAACUUUUGCCUUAUUAGUAUUUAUCUUAAAAUUUCCUCCACUGGGGCAGUGUGGGUCAAAUUAAAACAAAGUACUCUUAAGCUCCCUUACAAACACACAAAGAAGAUUGUUGAAUAAAGAAGUCUCUCAUUUGAUUGACAGAGUGCUCUUCAAAUUUAUCUCUGCCACUUAGAUACCAUUAAGCUUAUGAUAGAGCAAGAUGGCAGAGGUGUUUGGUUUUGUUUCAUCUCUACCACUUCUCUGGCCUUUUCUAUAUUUGGAGUUUCUAAAGUACAGUGCUAGUGGAUUUUGAGUUUUUAUUUAAAUCUAACCUCGUAAAAAUAUUAGCCUGCUUAAUAUUUAGACAUUUCUAGGUAGAAUUCUACAUAUUAAAUUCAUGUUUGCUUUUUAAAAGUAAAAAUAAAUAUGAGACUUGAAGGACCAAAGAAAUUAUCUAUAAAUUAAUCAUCCUGAGAUUAUUUACAUUCCUCUGUUCAUCCAUUUUCCAGAAGUGUUCUUCUAAAUGUCUGAUAUGUCUACAGUCUUGGUGAUAAAUGCAAAGUAAUGAUUGUGUCUGUUUUUCUCUGGUCUGUAGUACUUCUAGUUUUCCUUCCCACAUCCAUGGCACUGAGUCCACUUGGGGCAUUUUAAAAACUUUGAUGCAUUUAAAUGUAUUGUUCAAUUAUGUUGUUUAUUUGAAUUUUAUGUAUCUGUAUGUGUGUUCCUGAAGUUGGUUCUAUUUAAAUUAUUAAAGUGGUAUAACUUUG